AAAUCGUUGAAACAUCCGAUAGAUAUCUUAACAAUAUGGAUAUUUAGUUCAAUGCUCAAAAUUAAAAUCCAUAGUAAAUACAAUAGAGUGAUUUAUUUCUGUUUGUGGCAGCCAGUGACGCUAACGUUUACUUCACAAGCAACUUCAUUUUUUUAAAAAUUCAACAGCAUUUUUCAACAGCAUUACGUGUAGCUACAGCAGCACAAUAUUUUUAGCAAACCACGAUUAGCUACGGUUAGCAAAAUUUUCUUUUUCAGUGUACAAGUCUCUAUUUAGUCGGUGGGAAUGUUGAAUAAUUUUAUGAGAAAACGAGACGUCGCGGGGUUUCUCGAGCACAGCGCGACGCGUCGCGCAGGAAAGAUAUUUCGCGAAGGACAUCUCGCGGUCUGGCCCUCGGCGAACGCGCGGGGGCGCGCACACCCCUACGCCGGGGCGCGAUAUCGGAUGUGCCUCGCUGCGACUCGCAAACGAAGUUUGCGCGAAGACUUGGGCCGGGGUUUGCGAAUCACCGCUGAAAUUCCAUUCGGCAGUUUGGGCUGCCAGCAAUAAGGUACCGCGGCUCGCGACGCGACCCACCGUCUACCGUCUGCGGCGUGCACCCCCCGUCUACCCACACGCGUUGCGUUUUGUGCGAACGUUACACCGCGCUCUAGCGAGGGAACCAUGGGCGGGCACCGUGGGCGGAGCUUACCCGACCGGCGCUCACCCCAACGUCCCGGCCGGGCUCCCCGGUCCUCACCGUCCGCGCUCCGCCACCUAUUAUCACCACCUAUCUGUCUCGCAACCCCCCUUGCGUCCGGACGCAUACGAGUCCGCGCGUUGUCGCAUCGAUGUACUCGACAUGGUCCCGAUGGUUCUCCCCCCCCUCUCUCUCUCUCUCUCUCUCUUCCUGCGCAAGAUACCGCAUCUCGAUGCCGGUUUUUUUUAUCUUUAUCGUAGCGGAUAGCGAGGUAUCAACUCGUCGAAAUUGCAAUGCCGAUGUAGGGCGCGGUGGAACAUCUUUCGUCUAGAGUCGCAUUCUUAUAGUAGACAGACCGACUGUCGUUGACGCACGAGGAGUGUUGGGUGUGCGUGUGAGUGUGCGAGUGUGCGAGUGCCGGGACAAUCCCCACGCACCGCACUCCCAUCGCCCAUCUCUGCGUCCAUCGAGCGGCGUGGUAGGGGCAGAACCGAGUAUGUCAGUCUUCUCUUAGCGCCGAUCGGGGUAGGGUGUCGUUCGAGUCUUCGCCAGAGACCCCGUGGUUCUCGCAUCUGCGUAAACGGAUGAUCGGGCCGAGGGAGCCGAGCCGCGGCACGAAUCUGUGGGAUAGUUCGCUGGAGAACCUGGUACGUCCGGACCUCCCGGCAUACGCGAAGAAGAGGGCGAGGGUGGACGGCGGGAUAACGCGAGCGACACUCGGGGGCGCAAGGGGCGCAAGUAUCACGAUCUCCGGCGUUCGAGAUGAAGAAGAGAAGAAGCGCGUAAUCGCGACUGGAUUAAUCGCGGCGGCGUAAUCAUGAAGACCGAAAUGGAGACGGAGUCCGAAUGCGCGGAUGACGUGCUGUGCCCGAAGACCAACAACAACAACAACAACAACAACAACAACAAUAACAACAAUAACACCAACAUCAACAACAACAAUGUCGCCGUCGGGAAAAAGAGCGGCGGCGAUAACGGAUACGAUGCUAUAGAGAUGGACUGCGGCGGCUGCGGGCAGAGCGUCCGCGAGCGCACCGUCCUGUGCGUAGGGGGUCGUACCUGGCACUCCAGGUGCCUAAAGUGUUACGCCUGCGAGAGGCCCCUGCACGACCAGCACUCGUGCUUCCUGCGCGGCAUGCGGCUCUACUGCAGACACGAUUACGCCCUAACAUUCGGCGCGAAAUGCGCGAAAUGCGGGCGCAUCGUGGGCGCAGGCGACUGGGUGAGGAGGGCUAAGGACAGGGUCUACCACCUGGCGUGUUUCGCCUGCGACGCCUGCUCCCGUCAGCUCUCCACCGGCGAGCAGUUCGCGCUCCUGGACGCUCGACUACUCUGCAAGGCCCAUUAUCUGGACGUGGUUGAGGGUAACAAUACUUCCUCGUCGGAGGAUUGCGACUCCGAGCACGGCGGCAAAGGCAGUAAGACGAAGCGCGUGAGGACGACCUUCACCGAGGAGCAGCUCGCCGUUCUGCAGGCCAACUUCCAGAUGGACAGCAAUCCCGACGGGCAGGACCUGGAGAGAAUAGCCCAGGUAACCGGCCUCAGCAAGAGGGUCACGCAGGUUUGGUUCCAGAAUUCCAGGGCGAGGCAGAAGAAGCACAGCGGCAAGAUCAAGACUCAGAUGCAUCAUUCGCCGCCGAUGCACCAUCACCCGGUCGAUCUGUAUUCCGGUGGGAUUAACGUGGUCGGCGCUUAUCUUGGUGGUUAUCAGGCCAGCAAUGCCGGUAGCGAGAGCCCGGGCAGCCCGUUAACGCCCCUCACACCCUUGACUCCGCUCACGCCGACGACGCCGAAUCACUUGCAGGCCCAAUUCUGCCAUCCAGCGGGAUAAUCCGACGCGAAUGUUUCCACGAUGCCGUUGAUAUUAAUUUCUUGUAAUCGCAUAUGCGCUCUCAGUUGCAGAUCGUAUGAUUCGAAGACACGUACAAGUCGCGACGCCAAUUUGCAAAAGUCAUGAUGUCUAUUUCGUUCUUAUAUUCGGUGCACGAGAAACCGGGUGAUAAGAUGUAUCCCUAACUGGUACGCCAGUUACAAAUCACUACGAGUCGAGAAUCAACAGUUACAUAAUUGCGGAAAUCUUAAAGCGAAUUAAUUUGUAUAUACGUCCCGAGGAGAUGUGUAAAAUAUGCGCGCGUUUAUCAGUAGUACAAUAUGUAACGUAUGAAAGGUACAAGUUUUUCGUAUUUAAAGUUAGAUUAAGCUUAUUUAUUCCGAAGUCUUGUAACAAUUUACAUGUACUUGCGACGGCGAAUAGAAUUUCUUAGACGACGAGGAAGGAGAAGGAAGAGCGCGACUCUAGACUGUCGCGCCCGUCUUUCGAAACUUGGACGUAGGAUAUUCUUUAUUCGUAGUACGAGAUUGUAUAUAGAGCGAAUUGUAGCUUUUGUACAUAUGUGUCUUCUGUUGGUAAAUACAGGAAAUAUAUUGUGUCAAGUGAGAGAGAAGCGUGGUGAUCAGGUCUUGAUAUCGCAUACUUGUCGCUGCAAUAUUAUAAACCGUACUGUUAUUAAUAAAACGCCUUUUAUUGUUACAUUUCUCGUGAUUAUUGUCCCUCGAUUGUCAUACGAUUUUCUGACUGCCAACAAUACAAUUGGGGAUCGUGCGGGAGAGAUUUUCGGAGGGAGAUGGUCGCGGCGGUCGAGAGACAAAGGCCAUCCUUUUGUUCAACGUGUGCA